CGACUUCCCGUAACAGAAACUACUUCGAGGUUAAGUCCUAUUAAUGGGACAUGUUUCCCCGUUAUCGAAGAUUUACUACGUCACAGCUUUGUUUUCGAAUUUAACGAACUGCGCCGUUACGAAGCUUUGAUAUUUAGAGGCAAGAUGGCGAUCCACCAACAUGCCAUCAGUGCCCUGUUUACAAACGCUGCAGAGAGAGUUGGCAGACAGCAUCAUCCGAUGCGCAUCGCUGGACGAUAUCCGCAUUCUCUUGGCCUGUGGUGCAAAAGUGAACGAGCCGGUUACUCAAGGGCUUCGUCCUUUACACUACGCAGCUUAUCAACAAUACAAAGAAGCCGUUAAUUUAUUGCUGGUUAGAGGGAGCGACCCGGAUGCCAUGGACGAGGUCGGCUACACAGCUCUGCACCUCUGCGCGGAGCGAGGAUACAUCGACUUGAUUUACCUAUUGGUUAAACACGGAGCACGCGUGUGCUUUACGGAAAUGACUGCCGACGAAAAGAGCCUGGGCAAUCCUCCGCGCGUCAGUCUGGCAGACGAACCUCUCCGACUGGCAAUUAAGAAUAGCCAUUACGAAUGUGCCGAGAUGCUUCUAAAGAAUGGUGCAGAUCCCAACGCGCGCUAUUUCUUGGGUGCGGAGAUCAAUCUAAUUAGCCCCUUAAAUAUCAAAUUUUUGGAAUUGUUAUUGAGACACGGUGCCGAUCCCGAUUCACGCGACAGAUCCGGUCUGACUCCGCUGAUGAAGGCGUGCAGGCAUCCUCAGGGUCUUCAGGCUGCUAAAAUGCUGAUAGAUUACGGGGCGGAUGUUAAUGCCAUGACCCCCGAGAGACACGACAAUCGCACCGUACUUCACUAUGCCGUGUUGAGUGGCAACCUGGAAACGGUCAAGUUGGUACUUAGUCGGGGAGCACGAGUCAUCUUUCCCUCUGACUAUCAAAAACCGACACCGUUAGAUUUCGCCAUCCUCAGGGACAACGUGGAGAUGGUGAAGUUGCUCAUCGAUGCCGGAGCAGACGUAAACACGGGAUCGCCCAUAAUCGGUUGCCCUCUUCACAUAGCCCUCUCGGAAAAGGUGGAAAACAAGAAAGACAUCACGCGCCUAUUGCUGGAUAGCGGUGCGGAUCCGAACGCCAUCACCCUAUCGGAACAGGGUCCACUACUCAAACCACCCAUGGGAGAAUACUUCAAUUCCGUAGAUAAUCCCGAAGUAUAUCUCUUACGUCUUCUUCUCAGGUACGGUGCCCGCGUCGUGGUCAAACCUCAGCUACAACAUCCUCUUGGAAUCCUGAAAACACUCCAUCGCCUUCAUCCUCAUCAAGUACCCGACGUUCUGAGAGUGGUAUUGGAUGCUGCGGAAUCUUUCAGCAUACCAGCCAUACGUCGCUCUCUUAUACUUUCCGAAGAGNCAAAAGUGGAAACUACAACAAGUUAG